AUGUGGCGAGAUCUCGAAGUCUUGGGUGAAGUAACCAAUGCCCUUGGAAAAAGAAGGCUCGAGACAGCGGAUCCGAUUAGUGCUAAGAUCUGUGGAGAUCUGGCAAAAAAAUUUGAUACGGUUCCGAAAGGGGUGGACCUAGAUCUUGAAAUGUUUCGAGAAUGUUUAGGCAUUCCGCUCGAUAUCAACAGGAAUCGAUCCGACGUAGAGUUGACCACUAAAGGUUACUAUCGCCCGGACUUAAUUUGUAGAUUAAAGAGAGCGGUGGUCCUAAAAGGGGAGGGAAAAGCUAGUGCAGAGGACCUAAACCUUGCCCUUGGUGAUUUGGUCGAUAAAUUUCACCGAAUAGAUCUGACAAUAUUCG